AUGGUGGCCAAUAGAGCCAGGAAGCCGAAAACAGAUUACUGGAAGAUCCUGCCUUUCGUGUUUGCCAUUCAGAAGAUCAACCAGAAUCCCAGUCUCUUACCCAACAUCACCCUGGGCUACAGCAUCUAUGAGAACUAUUUUGAUGCAAGAAUGACUUCUGAAGCUUUAUUAGACCUGCUCUCUCCUGGGCAGGCCAAUAUUCCCAACUACAACUGUGGAAGACGGAGUCACCCAUUGGCUGUUCUGGAAGGAUCCAAUUCCCACAUUUCCAUCCAGAUUUCAACCAUGUUGGGCAUCUACAAAAUCCCACAGCUCGACCCUUUCCUGAGAAACCCCCAGUUGUACAACAAUUCCAUCAUGGACGGUGUAUAUUUUGAUGUGAAUGGAGACCUGACAGCCAACUUUGACAUCAUGAACUGGGUGGUGUUUCCCAAUCUGUCUGUUGUUAGAGAGAAAUUUGGGAGCAUUGAAAGGCAGGAAUCCACAGGCCUCAAGUUCACCAUUGACCAGGAUGCCAUUGUGUGGCCCAAACAGCUCAACAAGCCCCUGCCUAAAUCCAGGUGUGUGGAAAGCUGUCGCCCUGGAUUCAUGAAAGUGGCCCAGGAAGGAAAGCCAGGCUGCUGCUUUGACUGUGUUCCCUGUGUGGACGGAACCAUCUCCACCCAGGAAGAUGCAGAACGUUGCGCCAAGUGUCCAGAUGAUCAGCAUCCAAACAAGGGUCAGAUUCAAUGUAUCCUAAAGGUUAUAACCUUCCUCUCUUAUGGAGAAUAUUUGGGCAACAUCUUGGCUUCCUUUGCCCUAUUCUUGUCCUUCACCACAGGCUUUGUGUUAGGAACCUUCAUUAAAUUCCUAGAAACCCCAAUAGUCAAAGCCAACAACCGGGACCUCUCCUACGUCCUCCUCAUCUCCCUCCUGCUUUCCUUCUUGUCCUCCUUCCUCUUCAUGGGCCAGCCAAGGAAAGCCACCUGCCUCUUCCAACAAACGGCCUUCAGCAUCAUCUUCUCAGUCGCGGUUUCUUCUCUCUUGGCCAAGACGGUCACUGUGGUGCUGGCCUUCUUGGCCACAAAGCCAGGAAACAGGGUGAAGAGAUGGCUGGGGAAGAGCUUGGCCAACUCCAUUGUCAUUUCCUGUUCCAGUGUUCAAAUUGUCAUCUGCACCAUCUGGCUGAGCAUCUCCCCACCAUUCCCAGAUUCCGACAUGCACUCCCAGCCUGGACAGAUCAUCCUGAAAUGCAAUGAAGGGUCUGCCUCCAUGUUCUAUGCUGUCCUUGCCUACAUGGGCCUCCUGGCUGCCAUCUGCUUCACGGUGGCCUUCCUGGCUAGGAAGCUUCCUGGGGCCUUCAACGAAGCCAAGCUGAUCACCUUCAGCAUGCUGGUCUUCUGCAGCGUCUGGGUCUCCUUUGUGCCCACCUACCUGAGCACCAAGGGGAAAUACAUGGUGGCCGUGCAGGUCUUCUCCAUCUUGGCCUCCAGUGCUGGGCUGCUGGGCUGCAUCUUCCUUCCCAAGUGCUACAUCAUUAUUCUGAGGCCUGACCUGAAUACAAAGGAGCAUCUAACAUCAAAAACAAAAGCUGUCAUGUGA